UGCCGUUAUAACAACAUGACAAGCACCUCAUCACCUAUCUCUCUUUCGCCUGAAAUCCUUGAUCUAAAAUCUAAAGAAGAACUGAAGACUAUAAUCCUAGAAGAACGCGAAUACUACUCUUACCUAAUCGAAGACCUCAAAGAAUCAAUCAGCAUCCUUCUCUCGGAGUACCUUCAAGACAAGAAGAGGCAGAACCAGUUCAACAAGUACUUUGAGAAACUGUCUGCCCUCAAAAGGGAGAAUUACAGUUAUAAAAAGGACAUAAUCCUUCAGAAAUAGGAAGUUCUUCCUCUUGGCUGAAGCAGUCGAGAAGACCAUGAAGAAUGUAGAAGGCUGUAAUCAAGACUUGAGAAUGUCUGAUAAGGGAGAGAUUUAUUUGGCUAAAGUACAGAUGGAGAGGACUAUUAAGGAUCUUUCCGAGGAGAUUGAGAAGCUUAGUGAAACCAAUUUUUAGGCUCAUACAUGAUCUUAGUAGGAGAGAGUUUUUUGAGAAGUACCAUGAGACUCUUCAAGAGCUGAAUCAGUGUAGGAUAGAGCAAGAGGCUUUGAUUGACUUUUGUUUUAAUCAUAAGAAUAAACAGAAAUCCUAUCAGCAGAAACAAGAGUACUCAAGCUUUCAGGAAACCAGACAGAGAUCCAAGACUUCUGCCUAUCAAACACCUCUGGCACAUGUUGACCUUAGUAGCGAUAAUUAUUAUCAGCGCUCUGAAACCAAAGAUUCAGGUUCGAAGAUAACAUCUACAGAUGUAUCAACAGCUUUACAGAAUGAAGCUAAGAGCUCUAAGAUACAGAAAAGAAAUGAUAAACUCUCGAAAAGACUUAAGAAUUGUAGAUCUGAAGAACAAUUAGCUAAAUGCGAAAACCAACUGAAAACAAGAGCAAAGAGUUUAUACAAAAGGAUCGAUCCAAACUCAAAUGGAACAAUUGACAGCCCUCAAAAUUUGGAAAGUAUGGCGCCAAGCCAGAAGUUAAAACCAAAAGGAGCGACUAGUGGCAGCAAGCCGAGAGUUUCAAGGCCUUCUGAGAGGACCAAGAAUACAAGAUCUUCGGCUGGUCUCAAAGUCCCAAAGACUAUGAUGCAAAGAAAGAGGAAGGGCAUCUUGCCAAAGAAUAAUCAUACCUUACAAAAUUCUUAUCGGCCAUAUUAAAUAACUUCUACCACCCUCAAAAUCCUGUUCACUACGUUUAUACAAA